UGCAUAGACAGAGGAUGCUCCUCCCUCAAGCUUCAAUAACCAGCGUCACACUGCAAUAGUGUCUGUCACUGCUGAGACUGACAUUAAGAGAUGACUAGUGGCUGCAUGAGGUUGACCCUGGAGCCUGAACAUCGACUGAUGACACAAGAGAACAGCCACUACCAGGAGACGCUGGAGAUUCUGGGGGACAGGAAGUCAGAGAUGAAGAGUGAUGAAGAGGAGGAGCAUGCCCUCUGUGCAGACAAUCAGGAGGAAAGUCAGCUGAAGAAACCUCGCAGGAAGGACACACCUGUCCUCAACUCUCCUCCACAAAUGCCAGGUGCAACACUGCUGAAGGCGCAGAAACAGAUCGUCCACUUAGAGGAUGAGGAGAAAGAUGUGAAGGAUUAAGCAUUUAUUUGCCUUCAUUUGGUUUUGGUCAGUUUAUGUUUUUAUGUUCACAGUCAAAUAAAUCUUGCUUCGA